AUGUCUGGAGGGCCGGAGAGUGUACAAGGCGGCAAUGUGGAGAGUCAAUCAUCCAAUCUCUCGCAGGGAGUUCGGAGGAGAACGAGGUCGGAAUUUGAGGGUGAAACAGAUUACUCCUCUGCGACUCGCAGAAGAUUGGAGGAAAUACAUCGACCGCAGUGGACCAUGAGCAGCAGCGUAGAGGACAUUCUGCUGGAAGGAAGCACUAACAGGACCGACAUGAAGCUGAAUGAAUUCCUUCGGAGCAAAUUGGGCGGCACGGCGGCUGUUGGUGAAGACUACAAUGUGACGAUGGAGGCGUUUGUUCAGGAGCCGGAUGCUUACGUAAAAGACCAGCAGCUUCUUGAAGAGAUUCUUAACUUAACUGCGUACCAAACGCUGAAAAUAUUAUUGGAGGCUAUUAAUAAGCUUCAUCACGAGGGUGUGUUCUUUCUCGAUCAAUGGAGGGACUAUGAAGGAAAGGAUACGGUCACUCCUGUUGCAAGGAGAAAACUAAACAGAGUUCUCACUCAGGUACUGACAGAAAAACGCCGGGAGGCGGAAGAAAGGGCAAGGCGGGACGAGCAACAAAUAAUGUUUAACUUAACUCUCAGCAUUGAAGAUGUGCUUUUUCAAGGAAGAGUUCGAGUCAUGGAAAUAAAGCUGAAUGAUUUUCUUACGAUGAAAUUUGACGGCAGAGGCAUUUUGCGCGCCAAUCGGAAUGUCUUACUGAGGGAUUUCUUUGGUGAUCCCACGAGGUAUAUCCGCGAUGCGGGAGUAUUGAACGAAAUACAGGCAUCAUAUGCUUAUGCGGAGAUGGAGGGGGCUGUGAGGGAUGAAAUGGGUUUGAAAGAAGAUGUACGGAGGCUUCACCACGAGAAUGGUGUGCUUUCUCUCGAGCAAUGGAGGGACUAUGAAGGAAAGGAUACGGUCACCCAACUUGCAAGGGAAAAACUAAACAGAGUUCUCACUCAGGUACUGACAGAAGAACGCCGGGAGGCGGAAGAAAGGGCAAGGCGGGACGAGCAACAAAUAAUGUUUAACUUAGCUCUCAGCAUUGAAGAUGUGCUUUUUCAAGGAAGAGUUCGAGUCAUGGAAAUAAAGCUGAAUGAUUUUCUUACGAUGAAAUUUGACGGCAGAGGCAUUUUGCGCGCCAAUCGGAAUGUCUUACUGAGGGAUUUCUUUGGUGAUCCCACGAGGUAUAUCCGCGAUGCGGGAGUAUUGAACGAAAUACAGGCAUCAUAUGCUUAUGCGGAGAUGGAGGGGGCUGUGAGGGAUGAAAUGGAUUUGAAAGAAGUUGUACGCAGGCUUCAUCACGAGGGUGUGUACUCUCUCGAGCAAUGGAGGGACUAUGAAGGAAAGGAUACGGUCACCCAACUUGCAAGGGAAAAACUAAACAGAGUUCUCACUCAGGUACUGACAGAAGAACGCCGGGAGGCGGAAGAAAGGGCAAGGCGGGACGAGCAACAAAUAAUGUUUAACUUAGCUCUCAGCAUUGAAGAUGUGCUUUUUCAAGGAAGAGUUCGAGUCAUGGAAAUAAAGCUGAAUGAUUUUCUUACGAUGAAAUUUGACGGCAGGGGCGUUGUGGACACCAAUCGGAGUGUUUUGCUGAAGGAGUUUUUCAGGGAUCCCACGAGUUAUAUCCGCGAUGCGGGAGUAUUGAACGAAAUACAGGCAUCAUAUGCUUAUGCGGAGAUGGAGGGGGCUGUGAGGGAUGAAAUGGGUUUGAAAGAAGAUGUACGGAGGCUUCAUCACGAGAAUGGUGUGCUUUCUCUCGAGCAAUGGAGGGACUAUGAAGGAAAGGAUACGGUCACCCAACUUGCAAGGGAAAAACUAAACAGAGUUCUCACUCAGGUACUGACAGAAGAACGCCGGGAGGCGGAAGAAAGGGCAAGGCGGGACGAGCAACAAAUAAUGUUUAACUUAGCUCUCAGCAUUGAAGAUGUGCUUUUUCAAGGAAGAGUUCGAGUCAUGGAAAUAAAGCUGAAUGAUUUUCUUACGAUGGAAUUUGACGGCAGGGGCGUUGUGGACACCAAUCGGAGUGUUUUGCUGAAGGAGUUUUUCAGGGAUCCCACGAGUUAUAUCCGCGAUGCGGGAGUAUUGAACGAAAUACAGGCAUCAUAUGCUUAUGCGGAGAUGGAGGGGGCUGUGAGGGAUGAAAUGGGUUUGAAAGAAGAUGUACGGAGGCUUCAUCACGAGAAUGGUGUGCUUUCUCUCGAGCAAUGGAGGGACUAUGAAGGAAAGGAUACGGUCACUCCUCUUGCAAAGGGAAAACUAAACAGAGUUCUCACUCAGGUACUGACAGAAGAACGCCGGGAGGCGGAAGAAAGGGCAAGGCGGGACCAGCAACAAAUAAUGUUUAACUUAACUCUCAGCAUUGAAGAUGUGCUUUUUCAAGGAAGAGCUCGAGUCAUGGAAAUAAAGCUGAAUGAUUUUCUUACGAUGAAAUUUGACGGCAGGGGCGUUGUGGACACCAAUCGGAGUGUUUUGCUGAAGGAGUUUUUCAGGGAUCCCACGAGGUAUAUCCGCGAUGCGGGAGUAUUGAACGAAAUACAGGCAUCAGAUGCUUAUUUGAGGGCCGUGAAGGCUGUACGGGAGGAAAUGGAUAUGGAAGAAGAUUUAACAAAGCUCCACUAUAAUCAUUUAAGCACUCUAUUUGGGUGGUCAUUAGCUACUGCGGAGAUAAGAGCAAGUGUUCAUGAAAUCACUAAAAGUUUUUUGGAUCCAGCCCUUGAGGAGGCGAGGAAACCAACGACGACGAUUGCACCGAUAAAAAUGGAGGGAUUGUACGAGUCUGUGUACAAUGCGAGUUGGCAUCAUGUGGUGGAAGUUCCUGGCGGCGAGGGGACGCAAACGGGAAUAGGAAUGUAUGUGAGGGAGGGGAAACCACCGCAGUCAUGGACGUACACGGCAGUUGGCAAUACCCUCGAAAAGGAUGACAGUUUGGAACAGUCCGGUGCAGCGCGUCCCAGGCUGAUGGUGCUCACCUCGGACGAUGGAUGGCCGUACACGAUGAAUGGGCCGCAUAGGGCUGGUAUUGACUUGUGUGUUAACUGUGAGGUGGAGCGAGUGUGGCAGAUCGUCAAGCGCGGUCUAAGCAAGUGGUUCAACAAUUUUCAUUUGACUCUCAAUCCUUCACCCGUGCCGCAUCUGUUGGUUGGGACGCCCGGGAUUGGGAAGUCGAUGAAUGCCGGCUCGUACCUCCUCUACCAGCUGCUGCACUACGAUAUCAAGAAACUCCAAGUGGUCGUCCACUGUUUUGGAGAUACCGCGUACGUGUUUGACAAGACCAUCCAGACGGUGACAAAAUACAUGGGUAAUAAAACAUCCAAGAGUGUUUUGGGUGGUUUGUGGCAGCGUGGGAUGAAAGGGUAUAUUAUUUACGAUGUGGCAAAGAAAGGAACACCGCCCGACACAGAUAUUGCGCCCUGUAAGGGAUGGGGCAUGAUUGUGGUGUCAUCGCCAAACCUGGACAACUUCAGCGAAUGGGAGAAACAAAGUGAAUCCGUACAAAUCGUAAUGAAUUGUCCUGAGAAAGACGAUGUAAAGGCGAUGUGCGUUUGGAUGAAGCACAAUCGGCAGCUUCCGGAGGAAGAAGCGGACUACUGGAAAAAGGUGGAAGUUCGAAUGGAUAAUUUGGGACCGCUUCUUCGCUACGUCUUUGAUCAGAGCAAAUACAAAUCUCGGCUUGACUCGUGCGAAAGUAUAGUUGAUGAAAUGACCUUGCCGGAUACCAACUAUUACUCUGUUUUGGGGACUGGUAAAAUGUGUGAUGGUAGCCACGUCUCUCACAAACUUGUAAAGGUCGUACGAGUACGAGGAAAUGGGCAUUCCGAAUUGCCUUUAAAUGCACUGAUUUCUUCUCACCUUGCAGAAUUAACGUUAUGCAAGUUGGCAGAGUUAAUGGUGCCGAAUGAUUUUAAUUUACUUAUAUUGGCUAUCAAGGACGACCUCAUAUCAAAAGCCCUUGAAGAUCAUUCCUUGUUUGCAUUUUUAAGUGCGGCCUUUGUAAAUGCAAUAAUACCGAAACUCACGGAGCUGAAAGUAGAAAAAAAUGCUCCACCACACCGCUGUGCGUUGAGAGUGUAUCCACAUGAGCGCCCUCUCAAGCCCUGUCUUUUAGAGUGCCUGGAAAAUUUAAAAAAGAAGAUUAAUAUAGAGUGUCGGGUGCUGUACAAACCGGAGGCUAAAAACUUUCCACUGGUAGACGGCUUUUUCUUUGUUGAUUCGCCGCGGAAGACGCUGGUUGGGCUGCAGAUGAUGACGGCGGGUGGGCACCACACCACCGCCAGCACCGUGAGGCAGUUCAAUGAGCGUAUGGCGGAAUAUUUUAAUGGUUGGAAGAAAUUUUCCCAAGACAUGUUGUGGGAUAUUAUUUAUAUACAGCACGCAGACAGCACGCCGAUGAAUGACUGGCAGAGAUGUGGUCCCGUCAAUAACAAUAAUUUGAGCGACGAUGAAAAAAAGAUUGUGGCGUUCUGGAGGGAAAAGGUACACCAGUAUCAAGUUUCUGUAUCAUCCGGAGACUUUUGA